AUGAAUGUUUUUGGGCUGUUGAACAAUCGUAUGAAUCUACUAAGGAAAUCCCUGGAAGCUAUGACUGUGCCCAUAAAUAUAAUUGGAAAAAACGAAGUUGCUCCAAAAGUCAGACUAGUCCGGAAUGCAUUUCGCUAUUACAGCAAUCUUCUAGAUAAUCUAGACAGCGUCAACCAUUGCGUUCAAUAUUCGCUUUCAGUAACGCUUUUAUUGAAAUUUCCAAAAGCUGUUCUGCUGUGCUACGAUUCAAUAAAAACUUACUUUGUCAAGAUCGAUAACAAUUUCGCGAUGGACAUCGUAGAUCCCACGGAAAUUAUAUUAAGCAUCGUAGUAAUGUCGUUUCCAGCUAUGCUCUGCGAAAUGAUAACGAAUGAGGUUGAAAAAAUCAAAGCUAUUUUAACAAAGCAUCUGAUACAAUGUUCUGAUAAUUCCCUUCGCUUCGAACUGAAUAUCACUUUGCUGUACAUCUGCCACCGUCCUUUCAAGUACAUCCUCUGGAGGGCCAUUCCCUUGGACACUUCAGUCCCUAUCGGCAUCGUUAGCUUAAUCAUCACCUACGUUAUUGUCUUGAUUCAACUUUUACAUUUCUCGACUUAUGGCUUCAAGCAAAUACCAUUGUACACUAAGCGAUUAACCGUCACUUGCCUAUGUCACGUUCCGAAAAUAAUAUGCUACGUUUAUUUUGUCAUCACCGUGAUUUACAAAUCGAAAUUUUCCGGCUAUAAUCUGGUACCAUUGUUCGAUAUGAUCCUGGCUUGCAUGGCCGUCACGGCGCCGGCGGUUUUCGCAGAACUGACCAAGAACACGGUAGAUAAAAUCAAGAAGAUCCUUGGUUCGCAACUACUUAGAUGUUCAGACGAAUCGCUUCGCUACGAAUUGGAGAUUACUCUUGAAUAUGUAAUUCAACGUCCAUUUUCGUUUAGCAUCUGGCGAGCUGUCUCUCUAGACGCGUCUCUUCCUGUCGCCAUGACAAGCUUGUGCAUCACAUAUGUAAUCGUUAUUCUACAGCUCACUCAGUUAAGACCCUAAUAGACUCUAGUACCAUUAAUUCACGAAACGAGCUAUUUAUUUAGUUCUAAGUUUGUUAUGCACCAACCGCUGAAUCUAUGGAUACGAUAAGGAUUUUAACAAUUUCAUGUUUCUUGAUGCAUUGCCGUAAUCAAGGUCAUAAGUUAAAUAAUGCACACUAGGACUUUAUAACGAUUAGGUGUAUCUAGUUCUAUUUUGGAAUUAAACACGAAUAAUGUAAUGCACAUUUAAAUGGAUGGCUUUAGUUUUUAAUGAAAAUUAUUGUUCAAGAAUAAAGGCUUUUACAAAA